AUGUCUGCUGCUCGCCCAUUUUUCAAUCAGCCACCGCGUAAAAUGCGUUCGUCGUCAUGGACGGACGCGUCGCCGGCAGAGCUUCCUCCACCCGGAGUUGGCUAUAAUAUCGCUCAUGGCCUGCGAUCAUUUCAUAAAGGAUCUGCAUUCUUGCCGGCGUUCGUUAUAGAAGGAUGUCAUGCACAAUUGGAUGACACUGGGUUCGAAUUCGUGCAACAAUGUAUAGCGUUCCUCGAAGAAAGAGGAAUUCGAGAGCAAGGCCUCUAUCGUAAUUGUGGUGUAACGUCAAAAGUGCAAAAAUUGAUGCAACUCGGUUUGGAUAAACGAAAACCGAACGGAGACAAGCUGAAUUUCAACGAUGACGAGUGGGAGAUCAAGACGAUAAGCAGCGCGGUGAAGACGUUUCUC